UCAUUUUUACUUCUAGCAUAUUUACUUUACUGAAUAUUGUUUUCCUUAUAUUUUUUUUCAAUGAAUAUUCAGCCUGCAGUAUCAAAUGUUGUAUUCGAAGAAGGGAUUGCAAAUUUUUCAAUUUCCCUGUACAGUGCACUAGAGAGAACAGGAAAUGAAUUCAUUUCACCAUACAGUAUCACGUCAGCUUUAUUAUUGCUCAUUCUAGGAACCGGAACCACGACAAAAUAUGAAAUGGAGACUGCCAUUUUUGAAUAUGAAGAACCAAAUGAUGUCCACCAAGGGUACAAACUUCUGAAUGACAAACUUGCGACGAGAACAACACCGGGUGUUACAUUUUCUAUUGCUAAUAAGUUAUACGCUAGGCAGGGUUUAAACCUUUUAACCACUUUCUCUUCAAAGGCCUCGACAAUCUAUGGUAGUGAAGUUGACCGCUUGGAUUUUGCUAAAAAUACGGAAAAUUCACGAUUGUCAAUAAAUAACUGGAUAUCUGCAAAUACAAACAACAAAAUUCAAAAUAUGAUUCCGAAAAAUGUUCUUAAUAGAGAUACAUUACUUGUUCUUGCUAACGCUAUCUACUUCAAAGGAACAUGGAAAACGGAAUUUAAGAAGAAUACCACAAAACAAAGAAACUUUUUUAUCGGCCCAAACGAACAAACACUGGUGCAUAUGAUGUAUGGCGAGUUUGAUGCAAAGUCUGGCGAAGACCUUGAUCUCGAUUGCAAGGUUUUACAACUUCCGUACAAAGGAAACAAGAUGUCUAUGAUAUUUGUUUUACCAAAUGCUGGUGCCGGACUCAAUGAACUGGAAGAUAUACUUUCAAUGGAGGACUUAACUAUACUUUUAAGUGAACUAAAGACACAAAGAACAAUUAUUCGAAUUCCAAAAUUUACAAUGCAACGUGAGUACGAUUUAAAACCUAUUAUGUCAAUAUUAGGAGUUACGGAAAUAUUUGAUCCAACGAUAGCAGAUUUUAGUGAAAUGUCGCCAUCUCAUGCACACGUGAGUGAUAUGCGUCACAAAGCCUAUAUUGAGGUAAACGAAGAAGGAAGCGAGGCGGCAGCAGCCACUAUAGCCGCUAUACAACAUAGAUCAAGUCUUCCUGAUCCAACACCAUUCCAGUUUGUUGCAGAUCAUCCUUUUUUGUUUAUUAUUCAAGACGACGAGACAGGAACGCCGCUGUUUAUUGGAAGAUACACAAGACCAUAGUAUAUAAUUUAUUUCAUCAUAUGAACAUAUUACAGUAUUCAACGAAUAUAUAUAAUUUUUAAUGUCAAUCAUACUGACGAUAAUGUGGAUUUAUUAUUAUUCGUUGGAUACAAAUUUUCAUGGAUUUUGUGGUAAACUGGAAACCACGAAUACCAAUGGACAUCGAAUUACAAAUGUUAUAAACGAAUGUAUUCAGACUUUGACAAAUCCACGAAACCAAAUAAUUGCAUUUUUCUCAAUCAACGAAAAGUGAUACCCAAGAAGAUAGAUGAAUAAACAGUACUUGCUUAAUUAAGGUGAAUCAGAGAAUUUCUUGACAUGAAAAGAUAAUCAUUUCCCUAUGAUAAAAACAUUCUCUAUAUCUGCCUAUUAUCAAUAAUAAACUCAUCAUAGAUACCA